UCUGAAAAAUUCUACACAAACGCCUGCCUCUCGCCCCCAUCUUUGUACCAGUCCACCGCAAAAGGCUUUUACCAAAGUAUUUGGAGAAUUCCAGAAGGUUUCUUUCUUUCUCACGCGGCGGCCGUUCCUCGAUCUCCGUCCUCCUGAGGUUGAUUCCUGCGGGAUAGAGUAACCUCAUUGGGUAAACAAGGUACAACUCAGCAAAGAUGAGCGUAGUUGGAUUUGAUCUGGGGAACGAGAGUUGUGUUGUGGCAGUUGCCAGGCAAAGGGGAAUUGAUGUUGUUCUCAAUGAUGAGUCAAAGCGUGAGACUCCUGCUCUUGUGUGUUUUGGUGAAAAACAGCGUUUUCUUGGAACAGCUGGUGCCGCAACCAGUAUGAUGAACCCAAAAAAUACCAUCUCCCAGAUUAAGCGAUUGAUAGGCCGUUUAUUUUCUGAUCCCGAGCUGCAACAGGAUCUCAAGGCAUUGCCCUUUUCUGUGACUGAAGGACCUGAUGGCUACCCAUUGAUCCAUGCACGGUAUCUUGGGGAAACAAAGUCAUUUACCCCAACCCAGGUAAUGGGAAUGGUUUUUUCAAAUAUGAAGACAAUAGCGGAGAAGAAUUUGAAUGCAGCUGUUGUGGACUGCUGCAUCGGGAUACCUAUUUAUUUCACUGAUCUUCAAAGAAGGGCUGUUAUGGAUGCAGCUACAAUUGCAGGGUUGCAUCCUCUGCGAUUGAUGCAUGAAACAACAGCAACUGCUUUGGCCUAUGGAAUAUACAAAACCGACUUGCCUGAGAAUGAGCAGCUCAAUGUUGCCUUUGUCGACAUAGGGCAUGCUAGCAUGCAGGUCUGCAUAGCAGGCUUCAAAAAAGGCCAACUGAAGAUAUUGGCUCACUCUUUUGACCGCUGCCUGGGAGGCAGAGAUUUCGAUGAGGUUUUGUUCCAGCACUUUGCUGAAAAAUUCAAGGCAGAGUACAAAAUUGAUGUGUUCCAGAAUGCAAGGGCUUGCAUCAGGCUUCGUGCUGCAUGUGAAAAGCUGAAGAAGGUACUUAGUGCAAAUCCAGAGGCACCUUUGAACAUUGAAUGCUUGAUGGACGACAAGGAUGUUAGAGGUUUUAUAAAGAGAGACGAGUUCGAACAAAUUAGCACACCAAUAUUAGAACGUGUAAAGAAACCACUGGAGAAGGCUCUUUCAGAGGCUCAACUCACAGUUGCUGAUAUAUAUGCUGUGGAGAUUGUUGGUUCCGGUUCUAGGGUGCCUGCAGUAAUCAAGAUUUUGACAGAAUUCUUCGGGAAAGAACCAAGGCGUACAAUGAAUGCAAGUGAGUGCGUCUCCAAGGGUUGUGCGUUGGAAUGCGCUAUUUUAAGUCCUACCUUUAAAGUUAGAGAGUUCCAGGUUCAAGAGAGCUUCUCUUUUCCUAUUGCUAUGACAUGGAAAGGUUCUGCCCAAGAUUCCCAGAAUGGAAACACAGAGAAUCAACAAAGCACUAUUGUUUUUCCCAAGGGAAAUCCAAUCCCCAGUGUGAAAGCUCUGACUUUCUACAGAUCUAGCACCUUUACUGUGGAUGUGGUAUAUGCGGAUGUUAGUGGAUUGCAGGCACCACCAAAGAUCAGUACUUACACGAUUGGCCCCUUCCAAUCAACAAAAGGUGAGCGUUCCAAGGUCAAGGUGAAAGCCCGUUUGAAUUUGCAUGGAAUUGUGUCUGUGGAGUCCGCUCAGCUUAUAGAAGAAGAAGAUAUUGAUGUUCCGGUGACAAAAGAACCAUCGAAAGAAGCAGCAAAGAUGGACUUGGAUAAGGCUCCAGCUGAUGUACCUACAACCAAUGAAAGUGAUGUAAAUAUGCAGGAUGCCCCUGGGGCUGAGAAUGGUGCUCCAGAAACGGGAGACAAUCCUGCCCAGAUGGAGACUGAUGCUAAGGUGGAAGCAACAAAGAAAAAGGUCAAAAAGUCCAACAUACCUGUUUCGGAGUUGGUUUAUGGGGGAAUGCUACCUGCAGAUUUGCAGAAAGCAAUGGAAAAGGAGUUUGAAAUGGCCUUGCAGGACCGCAUUAUGGAAGAAACCAAGGACAAGAAGAAUGCUGUCGAAGCCUAUGUCUAUGACAUGAGGAACAAGUUGCAUGAUAAAUUGCAAGAAUUUGUCACGGACGCAGACAGAGAAGCAUUUAUCGCCAAGCUUCAAGAAACCGAAGAUUGGUUGUAUGAAGAUGGCGAAGAUGAAACUAAAGGUGUAUAUAUUGCCAAGCUUGAAGAGCUCAAAAAGCAAGGUGAUCCCAUCGAACAACGUUACAAGGAGCACUCUGAAAGAGAAUCUUUUGUUGAACAACUGGCCACCCAUGUUAAUUGGUACAGACAGGCUGCAGCGUCUGCUGACCCGAAGUAUGAACACAUUGACUUGAGUGAGAAACAAAAGGUCUUGAAUGAGUGUUCAGAAGCGGAAAAUUGGUUGAGAGAGAAAAAACAAAUUCAGGAGUCGCUUCCAAAGCAUGCUGAUCCAGUUCUUCUAUCAUCUGAUAUAAGAAAAAAGGCAGAAGCACUAGACAGGGCGUGCAGGCCGAUAAUGUCGAAACCAAAGCCGGCCCCACCAAAGGCAGCUACUCCUGAUGCACCAUCUUCACCCGCACCCGGUGAGCCUUCUCAAGGGGCGGAAAAUGCUACAAGCCCGAAUGAGAAUCCCGAUGUUAUGGAAACGGAGAAGCCCGAGACUGCUGCUGCAUAAGGCUCGAGUUCUUAAUUUUUUGUUGAAUGUGUGUUUUUAUGCAGGACAGAGGGGACUUGUUUUUAUUAUCAUCAUAUGAUUUGUAUAAUCAUGAAUAUAUAGAUUUUGGUGGAGGCGGUGUGGUCUAUCUUGUUAGAUCCAUCUUCCGGUUAAAAAUUUAUUUGUCAUUCGUUAUAUCUCCAACAUCCUUCCACAGUGUUCCUUAAAGAGAAGGAUUUGCGGUGUUUUGGGACCCUUUUUUUUAAAUGAAUUUUGCUGUUUUAUAGAGUUCACACU